UUAUUUAUUUAUUUAUUUUAUUUUAAUGACAGUGGUGGCUAAUGUCUAGUUGUGCAAAGAUGAAAUUGGCCGCUAUAGGUACCUACAGCAUUUUUGGGCAUCAAACUGCAGCAUCUAUUUAAAAAAAACUUUAGUUGCUAUGGUAAUUUUAGUAAGGCUUGUGGUUCUGCUCCAUGAGCCAAUGUGCAAUCAGGAACCCGCCCACUUCAGGAAUCAACCAAUGGAAUGACAAAGAUUAGAAACGACUGAAUUGAAGGACCAAUCAGAAAUAGAGGAGUAACACGCUACUCCACACUGACCACUGACGCCGUCUACUACUGCUGACAUAUUGACAAAGGAACGCUAACCAAAAUGUUUCUUCGGGCCUUAGAAAUCAUAUAUUUCUUUUACUUUUUGUCCCACAUUCCAAUCACUCUCAUGGUUGAUCUUCAACCUUUAAUUCCUGAACAUCUGUAUCCAUCCGAGCUGAAAAACCUAUUGCAGUGGUAUGCUGCUGAAUUCAAGGAUCCGAUGAUGAUGGACCCGCCUGUGUGGUUCAGAUCUUUUGUAUUCUGCGAGGCUCUCGUGCAGCUGCCCUUUUUCCCAAUUGCUGCAUACGCCUUCAUGAAGGGUGGCUGCAAAUGGAUCAGGACUCCAGCAAUCAUUUAUUCUGUUCAUGUGGCCACCACUCUAAUCCCCAUUUUAAGCCACGUCCUUUUUUAUAACUUUCCACUGGCGCCACAUCCGGGACCCCAAACUCUGAAAGAACGUCUGACCCUGGUGUCCAUUUAUGCUCCGUACCUCAUCAUCCCUGUCAUGAUACUGCUUACCAUGCUCUUCAGCUCAACAUACAACUCAGCCUCUCUGAAAGGAAACGCUUCCUCAAAGUCCAAGAAACAAAGAUAGAUGCAGUUCAUCCCUUCCACACAUUCCUCUUAUGAUGAGCGUAUGUAUUCAUUAUAGUUGUUGCUAGUAAUUAAAUGUGAUUAAAUAUUUGAAUAUGUGCCAAGAUAUUUGAAAAUUGUAUGUAGC